AUGUCCAUGGCUUCCUUGGCUUCUUCAACUACCACACUCAUCUCUUCUCCUAGGGUUCUUCCUUCCAAGUCUUCCCUUUUCUCUCCCGCCGUCUCUUUCCUCCGAACUCUACCCUCUACUUCUGCAUCCUCAUCUUAUCUCAGCUCCGGAUUCUCCCGCUUCGGUUCUCACACCUGUAGCAGCUCUGCCUCUCGCCGCAACUUUACCGUCAAGGCCCAAGCCGAUGAUUUGCCACUGGUCGGUAAUAAGGCGCCUGAUUUUGAGGCAGAGGCUGUUUUUGAUCAAGAGUUCAUCAAGGUGAAGCUCUCUGAGUACAUAGGGAAAAAGUAUGUGAUUCUGUUUUUCUACCCAUUGGACUUCACUUUUGUCUGCCCUACAGAGAUUACUGCCUUCAGUGACCGUUAUGAAGAAUUUCAGAAACUGAACACUGAAGUAUUAGGUGUCUCUGUCGACAGUGUGUUCUCCCAUCUUGCGUGGGUCCAAACAGAGAGAACGUCAGGAGGGCUUGGUGAUCUGAAUUACCCACUUGUCUCUGAUAUCACUAAGUCCAUCUCAAAAUCGUUUGGUGUGCUCAUCCCUGAUCAGGGGAUUGCACUGAGAGGGCUUUUCAUAAUAGACAAGGAAGGAGUCAUCCAGCAUUCCACCAUCAACAACCUCGGUAUUGGCCGAAGCGUUGAUGAGACUAUGAGAACCCUCCAGGCAUUACAGUAUGUUCAAGAGAACCCAGAUGAAGUUUGUCCCGCGGGAUGGAAGCCCGGUGAGAAAUCAAUGAAGCCUGACCCAAAGCUGAGCAAAGAGUAUUUUUCAGCUAUUUAA